AUGCACAUCUCUGCUAAUGACCUCCUCCACUCGCCAGAAAUUCAACAAGUUAUUGUCCACCAGAAACAAGAGAAAUGGGUUCAUCAAGUCUCUGAGGCAUCUCUUACAAUGUUGGACGUCUGUAGUAUCUCUAAAGAUGUUGUUUUGCUCGUCAAAGAACAGCUUCUAGACCUACAAUUUACUUUACGCAGGAAAAUUUUUAGCCAGCCAAAUAUUAAUGCCAAGAUAGCUGCUUAUAAUCAUUACAGAAAGAAGCUAAAGAAAGAGACUUUGAAAUGCCUUCGGACACUGAAGGGAAUGAGAAACGAAUCAGUUGUGACUUCAGAUAUCUCAACCAUUGAUCAGAAACUUGUGGUUGUUAUGGAAGUAUUAAGAGAAGUGAGAGUGACCACCCUCACCAUUGUUGAAUCUUUAUUGUCUCUCAUUUCCAUACCAUGGCUGGAUCAGAAAUCCAGUAAAGGGUCUUUGAGAUCAAAGUUCUUUAGCUCCGGUGACCAGAGCAUGUAUGAAAUUUGUGACGAAAUGGCACUUCAAAGUGCAAAUAAGAGGCUGGAGGCAGUGGAGAUUGCGAUUGAAUAUCUUGAAGUGGAACUAGAAUGCAUCUUUAGACGCUUGAUCCAGACAAGGGUUUCGCUUCUUAAUAUACUUACCAGUUAG